ACAAACAGACCUCUUUUCUCAGGUGAUAGGGCGGUGAACUACUCUGCGGCUUCACCUGCGGCCUGCCUGAAUCCAUAGAUUGUCUCACUUGCUUUCUCACUCACCAAAUCAUAUGGAGGAUAUCAGUCUCUCAUUCUCUCCCCGUUUUCGCUACUUCCACACACUAAGAUCUUCUCCUCUACUCUUUCCACGUUUGCAAGGAAAGAAGAUUGACUCUUCCCCUCCCAUCCACCAACAGGAGUAUCAUUCAUUUGCUCCUAUCGCAAGGGUACAUCCAGCAAACGACCGGUAAGACGGCCAUUUACUUCCCUUUUUCACCAAUUUCUCACACAAACCUUACUCGACAAACUGUCCCUCUCCUACCGGCAACCCGAAUGAUGCCUGGCAACAACAAGAAGAACAAGGGCCGCCAAGGCACCCAGUCCUCCAAGCCCAUCUCCUUGUCCAAGGGUAUCCAGCCUACUCCUUCUGGCAAGACUGGGCCGGCUUCUCUGUCCAUGGACAUCAUCCUGCACAUCGUCGACGCCCUCAUCACCGAUGCCGCGUCCAAGGAGACGACCUUCAACUGGGGUAUCGCAUACAAGCAGGACACGGCCUCGAAGCUUGUUCUUACCGACAUGAAUGAGAGCGGCUUCGACCACGUCAAGGCCAUGAAGCGACGAUUCUCUCGCAUCCGCAUGGCCUCCCAGCUCAACCAGAAGUCCUGCGCCCUCGUCCAUCAGACCUACCGCUGUCUCCCCAGAGCCACAAUGAGCCCGUUCGGAAUGGCUGUCGGAUCUCUCAUGACGGCCUGGGUCUUGCCCACCACCGAUGACUUCGUCGUUGGCUUGAAAUUCGUGGGCGGAGAGAUGAGAGUCAUCCAGCGUUACGCAGACUUCCUCGGAAUGGCACUCCACCUGCCCACUCCCGAGGGACUCCAGUUCAUGGAAUGCAUCCAGAAGUUCAAGAUCAUGCUCCCCCAGGGCUUCGACAAACACGUCCACGCUGCCAUGGUGCUCCCCAACCUGAAGGAGCUCCACUUCACUCUUUGCAAGAUCUUUAAGGAGAAGGGCACUACGGUGUACGCUUGCGGCUGCGAGCUCUGCAAGCCGGUGUUCGAGAUGCUCUUCACCGAGAAGGGCGUUCGCUUGCGCAACUUGUUGGGGUCCAACUGCCCUGAAGGCUGCGGAUGCCGCGAGGUCAACGAGUCGCAAGCUUCCAUGGCUUAA